UUUGGUCUGCGCGCCAGAAAACGUUCUAUGCUGCGCUGGGGUUUCACCGGCAAGGGCACCCAACACCCCGUAGACGCGACUCAAUCCGCCAACCCCGCCCCCGUCCUUUCCCCCGACAACAAGCGAUUCGGUUUUGAGAACUUUGGCAACACCUGCUACGCUAAUUCAGUCAUCCAAGCCCUCUACUUCUGUGGGCCUUUCAGGGAUCUCUUAAUACAGGCUCCGGACCCGUCUCUCGUGGCUGAGCCAGCCCAAACCUCGUCACCACCAGUCGUUGUUCCCAUUCGUCGGAAGCCGGAGCGGAAGCCGUCGACCUCUAAUGCUAACGAUGUUGUCCUCCACCCUCCAAUCCAAGGCAUUCCGUCCGCUCCACCGACCCUUUUCUCCGCCCUUCGCUCGUUAUUCGUAUAUAUAUCCACCAACCCGGCGGAGAAGGGCACCGUUGCGCCUAGGGCGUUUAUCGACAAACUCAAGGAAGUCAAUGAACUCUUCCGCUCGACAAUGCACCAGGACGCCCACGAAUUUCUUAAUUAUCUGCUUAAUAAGAUCGUAGAGGAAAUAGAGGAGCAGCGGAAGACGGCGGAGAGCGGGUCUGCGACGCCGUCUGGGGAGGAUUCAGGUAUUCCCGCACCCAAACUCCCUUCUCCAAUCAACACUACUACUGCCCAAAACGCAACGCUUGUCCACAAGCUCUUCGAGGGAACUUUAACAAGCGAGACGAGAUGCCUGACGUGUGAAAGCGUGUCAUCGCGGGACGAGUCGUUUCUCGAUUUGUCAAUAGACAUCGAGCAGAACGCCAGUGUCACGGCCUGUCUGCGGCAGUUCAGUGCCAGCGAAAUGCUCUGCCAGAAGAACAAGUUCUUUUGUGAUGUUUGUUGCGAUCUGCAGGAGGCUGAGAAACGCAUGAAAAUCAAGAAACUCCCCAACGUGCUCGCCCUACAUUUAAAGCGCUUCAAGUACCAUUGGCAGGAGGACGUCCAAAAGUACAUUAAACUCGCCUACCGUGUCGCGUUUCCGUUUGAGCUGCGACUAUUCAACACCGUUGACGAUAUCGACGAUGCGGAUCGGUUGUUCAGUCUUUUUGGAAUUGUGGUACAUAUCGGAAAUGGUCCUCAUCAUGGGCAUUACAUCUCAAUCAUCAAGACCAUGGGCUCGUGGAUGGUCUUUGACGACGACAACGUGCACGCAAUAACAGAAGCGGAGAUUCCCAAGUACUUUGGCGAGUCAAAUGCUGGCGCGGCAUAUGUACUCUUUUAUCAGGCAGUCGACGUUGACUUGCCCGCGCUCGGAUUACGGCCACCACUUUCUCCGAUGCCGACUACGGAUGAAGUGCAUGUAGAUGCUUCUCCAGCAACAGACCCCAGUCUCCCUCCUGGGUUGGAAGAGCCCGAACUCUCCGAUACCAGUGAUAGCGUGGUUCCCGCAACACCACCCUCACCUAUCGACCCGCGACACCCGAUAGACAUCGCGACGACAACAGAAGAGCAACAAGCCCAUCUGUUGCCCAAGAAGGGGAGCAAGUUCUUCAGCAGCAUUCGGAGAACUCCGUCAACAUCUGCGCGGCCUAACACCGCUGACACACGCUACUCUCUCCAGUCCAAUGGCGCCGUAUCUUCACUGUCUGUUGAUGACGACAGCAAGCCACUGAUGCCACCAGGCUCUGCCUCUCCCCCACCCCCGGUACCGCCAUUACCGCAAUCGCUUGUAGCCAGUCCAAACGGUAAGGAGAAGAAGCACGAGGAGAAGAAGCCGGGUUGGUUUGGCAAGCGUAAGAGCUUGAGGGGGCUAGACAAACGGCGUUCUGAACUCGUGGAUGAUAUUCCCGCUUCUCCAGUCCUUUCGUCCCGAACGCCAGAGACGAUUUCACAGCAGUCAUCCUCUUCAUCAACGUGGUUCUUGACUUCGGGCCAUUCUCACGAUAAAAAUCGGCGGCCGUCAGAUUCUAUCGUGCUUGAUGCAGCUCAGACUGUGUCGCCGCCCAAAACCAGGCCAAAGUCAGCUGGUCUUGUUGUUAAACCCGACCGUGAAGAACGGGUAAACGGUUACGACAGUCCCUCGCCAGGCUCGGCGUCAUCGAGCUUUGUGUCUGUUUCAGCAUCGGCGCAGCACCCACAGCAUUCCACCGUCGACUUCCCACCCGCCCGGUCAUCCUCACUUGCUCCCAGUCAUGGUUUCCAGCCACCCCCGCCCCCGCCACCACUGACCGACUCCCCGACCCUCUCGCCCUUGUCGAUCCCCACCAAAAUAUCCAUGUCGAAUCUUUCGAGUCCCAACAAAUCGAGGACAAAAGGUUCUCCCCCAGCCAUGCCAACUCCCCGGCCAUCAACGGCUGGUGCUCCCGCUGAACACGCAGCUUCAUCACGACCACUACCACCGGUGCCCCCACUGAAAGAUGCUGCGACAAGGAUAGCAUCGCCGCCACCGCUGGACUCACGUGUCUCUGUGGACAGGGGGAAACUGCGGAUAAACGGGAGCGAGGACGGUGAAUCGCUCACGUUACCGACCAGUCCUGCGCUAGAGACUUUCGCGGGUGCCAAUCAUAGUAGCAGCCACCAUUCUAGCAACGGCAGCACGACUGCACUGCCGGUUGGCGGUGGUCGGCGCGCGAGCCGGAAGAUGAGUCUUACGACGACGUUUGGCUUUGGGAAGAAGGACAAGGACAAGAAGGACGACAAGUCCCCGAGCGCGUUUCGGUUUGGCAUGUGA